UUGGGCUUGCCCGUUACUUUGACUAACUGACCACGCUCCCUCAUCGUCCGCAUCCAUCAUGGCAGCGAGUCCCAAGGUCGAGUAUGUCAUCUUUGACAUGGAUGGCUUGCUCAUCGAUUCCGAGAGGGUGUACACCGAAGUGACCAAUAACAUCCUCGCGCGAUACGGCAAAGAGAUGACCUGGGACAUCAAAGCCGGGCUCAUGGGCAAACCCGAACGCGAAGCCGCCGCGCACCUACUCUCCUUUUUCCCCGACCUGCCCCCCGACUUCACGAUCGACACCUACCUGUCCGAGCGGCGCGCCGGGCAGGACGCGCUCUCAGUAAUAUGCCCGGGACUGACAACUACACCAAAUUCCACUGAAUAUGGGGUGUACUCACUGGCACCCACUGGUAUCCAGUGA